UAAGUGCCCCUCACCACGUGACCUUGACCCGUAUUUCUGGCGGGGAUGUUGAGAGUUGGCGGUGAGCAGCUGCGGAUGGCUGGGGAUCGCAAUGCUCCCGCAGCUUCAUGCCAGUGGCGGUCUGGCACGAGCACUCGCAGCCCAAGCCCACGCCGUACGCAUCGCAGUGCCCUUGCCAUCAGUAAUCAUCAUCGCUGUUGACCGCCAAGCAGUUAAGGCGCUGCCUUGGGGGCAGAUAUGCGUGUACAGGUGUACCAUCCUCAUGCUGUGGCGGGAGAGCUUGCGUACACCACCAGAAUAGAAACUGUGAUGCCUAGAAGCACUGCAAUGCGAGUAUAAAAUGCUCAAUGCAGCUUCAGCUGCAAAAAUUACAUGCAUUGAAUGCCUUGAAAGUGACGCUGUCUGCACUUCCGUUGGAUCUUGCCUGUUCGUGCAAAGCCCCCUUCACCAACCUCGCCGCUCCUUCUGUCUGGGCAAGGCCGGCCCGCUUAUUUCAGCAAGUGGGCACCCACUCGCCUCGCGCACUCUGCAAGACCUUAACCACAACCACCACCGCACCCAGAGUACAUAUUGCACUCCGCCCACACAGCUCUACCUACUCCUAAUCUACCACCUAAUCAGCCAAUAUGGAAGAGGAAGUUGCAGCCCUCGUCAUCGACAAUGGGUGAGAUCAUACCCCCCAACAUCGAACUCCUGCCAUCCCUGUCGUGGAGGGGCUGUCUGCAUUGGCAUCGCCCACGACGUCGACGAGCCGCACCAGCCCUGCGACAGGGCCGCACGAGCGAUGGAUACUUGAUGGAUGCGAGCUGACAAUUGAUAGUUCGGGUAUGUGCAAGGCCGGUUUCGCCGGUGAUGAUGCGCCCCGAGCAGUCUUCCCCUCC